GAAAAUAAGAAGAAACGUCUGACAAUGUCAGAGUCUGACUCCGGGAUUUAUCAAUCUGCGGCUGAAAUAAUAAUAGAAAAACAUUCAUUUUUAAUGAAAAUCAAAGCGACUAAAAGAUGAAGAUAAAUGAGAAAAAUCUGAGUAUGUUUGCAACAACGCCCCCGUCAGAUUUGGAAGGGUAUCUAAAUAAGCGGGGAGAAGUUAAUAAAUCCUGGCAGAGAAGAUGGUUCGUCCUGAAGGGCAAUCUACUAUUUUAUUUCGAGAAAAAGGGAGAUAAGGAACCCAUUGGUGUGAUUGUAUUGGAAGGCUGCACCAUCGAAUUGGCAGAGGACGGAGAAAAUUACUGCUUUCAAAUUGUUUUCCAUGGUACUAACAACAGGACAUACUACCUCUGUGCUGAAAAUCAGGAAGUCAUGGAAAAGUGGAUGAAGGCACUCACAUGUGCUGGAUAUGAAUACAUGAAAUUGAUGGUGUCUGAACUACAACGACAAUUGGGAGAGCUAGAUGAGAAGAAUGCAGAAUCUGAGACACAGUCGUCGUCAAUUACUCCAAAACCUCCACCUCGUCGUCAAAACCCCUUUAAUCGUGUUGCUCCUGCUCCUCCAGUGCCAAGUUCUAAAGAACAAUCUCGCCCCUGCCAGAAAUCUCCAGCGGAGCCUUCCUCAUCGUCGGAAGCAACUUCUGGCUCACAACAGAAUAUACAACAACCCGAAACUGAUGGAUUCUUCAAAUCCAUCCAUGAAGAACUAGGAAAGUCAUUUGUGAAGGAAAAAAAUCGCCGAAAAACAGAAGAAGUCACUACAAAGAAAGAAGCAUCUCUUAUCGAUCUCUAGGGAAUCAAAUUUUUAAGAUUAACAUUUUUUAAAACAAAAUGCUAAAAAAUGUCUUCUUUUGCGCUUUUUUUUAUGUAUUUUAGCAAUUUUCUUUUGCAAGUUUUCCGAGUUUUUAUUUUUGCAUGAAGUGUAAUUAGUUUCUGUACUUACACGUGAUUUUGAAUUGCUUUUCUUUUAUAAUAGAGACUAUUUUGAAUAAUUUCAAGGUAUUUCUAACAAAUAUUUUUCAAUAUCCUUUAGAAGUUGUCAUUAAAAAAUGCUUUUAGUAUAUUCAAGAAAUUACAAAUUGUGAAUUUGUUAAUUAAAAAAAAACUGAAUGUUGAACUUCUGCAGCUUCCAGCAAUAUUAUUGACUUACAAUUUCUUUUCUUUCAAUAUAUUGUAUUACUAUACAAUUUCCUAAAGCAAAUACACAAUUAAUAUAGAAUCAUGGCGAAUCAAUCUAAUCAGAAUUUAAAAAAAUAAUGUGAAAUCUUUAAAUCAAAUAUUUGUUUAGGAAUGAUGAAUUAGCGCAUAUGUAUCGCAUAAAGAUACCCUGAAGGAAGCAAAUAGGCAUCCCAAAUAUAGACCUUUCAUCGUAAAGUCCUUAACAUAAACAACGUUAAUCAACAUUAUGCAAGAAAAUUUCUAAAAUCAUUGUUUCUCUUCCUAUUAGUACGUUUUCUUUCCAAGUUUUAUACAUCAUCAUGGAUUUUUUUGUAAUAUAAAAGAAAAGCAUUGAAAUGGUAUUAAAUGAUUGUCAACAAUAACGGUCAAUAAUAUUGCUAUAUGUUAGUAGAAUGUAGAAAUCAUAGUUGUGAAGGGACAUUACCAUCUCAAAACCAAUGUGAGAAAUGAAAGAAUAUUGCGAUAUUCUAAUACACAUAUUUUCUUUCUUAUUAACCAUUAUUAUUUAGCCAAUGGACGACAGCCUCUUGAGUCGCACUUUUAACACGUGGAUUUGAGUCUCAAACGAUAUUCUUCUUCCUUUUGUGAAGUCUUCUGGUCUUUCGAAUAUGUGUGUCUCUUUGUAUUUACUCCUUUGUUUCUCUUCUGUAAGAAAAAUACUCUACAACAUGUAGUGUAGGUGAGUCACCAUCGAUACUUCUUUUUUUUUUAAAAGAAAAACUGUAUCAUAGAAUUCUUUUGUUAACUUGAAGCAUUCAUUCAAUAGCUACCUAUAUUACACUCCAUCCUCAAGUGCGCCCUCCAGGGUCUGUCGCUUGGCUUUUAGUUAUUUUAUACCUUUUUUUGCUAUGAAUUAAACGUAUCUUUAACUCCUCGAAAAGAAAGAGAAAUAUGUAGAUAAAUCCAGAGUGAUGUAUCUUUGUGGUAGGGAGAUUGGAUAUUGUUAGUGCGCUUCUAUUGUUACACAAAUAACUUUAUUUUAAAAAUAAAAUUUUUAGAGAACA